GCAGGCGAAACUAGUCAGACGCGAAUCAAACUUCGUGCGGCUGAAAGGACCUUACAGCUGCUAAGACAUGCAUUCUGCAUUCCUAUGCAACUCCUCACGAUAAUAAGCUUGGUUCUAGCUCCUUUGGCUGAAGCACGAUAAACAUUGAUACUUCGCUAGACAUGGAUGAGGGUUGAGAGUGAUUAAACGGUCCCUACCAUAUAGAUAUCUACCUGAUGUAGGUACCUAGGCUGACUGGCGUCAACGCGGAAGCGGUAGGGUCACGGGAGGGAACUGUCUAUACAAAUACCGCGCCUACGCUCCCGCAGACACGGGGCUGUUAUCACUUUAGAAUUGAGCAGUCCGUCACGCUGUUUAGCAUCCAUCACUCCUCUGGAGCAGCGAGCCUCGUGCAUCAGAAACGAGGUUGUCAAGAAGACGCGGAGUAGUUGCCCGAUAAACAGCAGGAUAGAGACCUAGAGUAACCUGCGAAAUGGAACCGUCAAAUGCAAUUAAAAGAGGGGAGGUUGUCAUCCCGACCCCGACAUGGUUCAUAGCACUACGAGUCCUCCAGAUCGUCUUGUCGCUUGUCGCGGUCGCUUUGACCGGUUGGUGGAUCCACGGUCUAUACUAUGAUGAACUCGGCUUCGUUAUAGUCUGUGGCAUAUUCACCUGGGUCAUAGCUGUGUACGCCCUCUUGGCCGAGAAGGUAUCGUCUUGCCGGCGUGCUUAUAAUACUUGGGCGAUCCUCACACUCGACGGGCUGAUGAUCAUUUUCUGGCUAGCCGCUAUGGCUGCGACUGCGAAUCGGCGGAGCAAGUUUACUAUACCGGUGAAUGCGAGCUGCGUCAGCGAUGGCAGCACGAUAAAUAGUGGUUAUUGUACGGUAUGGAAGCGUGCUGAUGUUGCCUCGCAAGGGGCUCUCGGCAUCCUAAGUGGAAUAGCAGGCAUUAGCGCUCUGGUUAUGCUUCUGUUUGUCCCUACGUUUGCUUACGUAUGUCACUAUUUCCGCCUUUCAUUCGCUGGCGCCUCGGCAAACGAUCCCGAAAAGGCCUCUCCUGCAGCUGCUUCUGUUGGCGUCCCGGGUGCUACGGAACUGCAAGCAGGAAUCCAGCAGCAAGAAUAUGCGGUAAAUCAGCAACCUAAUCAACAAUGGACCCAACAGACAGUAUAUCCCCCUCAGGCAAGCCAGCCGCAAUACCAGCAAGGCCAGGUAAAUGACCCUUACGCAUCGCAUAACGCCGGAUAUCCUGGCGCGACAGACACAUAUCCUCAGCAAACCAACCAGCCCGAGCAGCCAUAUAAUCAACCAUACAGUCCUCAGGGUACACCAGCCCCUUAUAAUAUGCAAGGCACACCAGCUCCAGGGCAACAGUUCCAGCCGCCUUACCAGUCAAAUAUUCAGUAGUCAGUAGUCGACACAAGCAGAACACUUGUUCCCCCACCUUUAUAUGUGUUCUAUAGGCGGCAAGGCGUUAUGAGAUGGGUUUCCUGUGGUAGACAUGAACAUAUUUGGAUAGUAUCUCAGGGUGAAUACGGGCAUGGUUGGAUUGGCAUGGGUUUGGUUUCUUGAGACGCCCUUUUGGCCUUAAAAUUUAUAUUUAAAUCCGCAUAUAUCA